AUGAAGAACAACAACGACAUCCUCACGGGCGAGAAUCAAAACUUGUGGGAGUUUAUUGCUCGCAUGAAGUUCGCGAGAGGAGAGCUGCUUGACCAUUACGCAAUUAAAUCGUCAGGCAUGAUGGGGCAGGCGACUGCAGGGUGGAAGAACGCCGAUUUAAGGACGUUGAAUCUCAUUGCGAAUAUGUUUAGUCCGGUGAUCUAG